CACACACACACACACGCGGACAGCUGAACAGACAGACAGGCAGAUGGACAAACUGUCUCCUGCUGGAGCUCAAGGACUGAAGGACACCGUAAAGCGCAGCUGCUAAGCGGCUUUAAUCGUUUAAUUUGGCCCCGGUGGCCUUCAGCAGACUGCAGGUAAACACCCGCAGUCCGACACACGCACUCCUGGUGGUCCGCACUCCGCAACCUGAGCCUGAACCUUUUCAUCCGGACGCAUGGCUUUCCUCCUCAACUUGCAAACGAUGUGAGGGUUUUAAUGCGCGUUUUCUUCUCAUCAAAAUGUUCCUUCUCAAGAGGACAGGCGGAACUUUAUCAGCGUCUAUUUGAUAAUGAGUUAACGCUGUAAGUGCGCGUUUUAUCCUGUAAAUAAGACCGAACCCCACCUGUUUGCCUUUUGUUUUACGCGGAGUGGUUUUUUUUGCGUAAAGUGCGCACCGGAGCGCUCUGGAGCUCCGUGACACCAUAAUGACAGCAGAGUGCGGGGACCACAGUGUUGCCCGGCAUUCAUGAGCGUCCGCUGGCCGCGCUGCUGCGGCUGGGACCGGGACGGAGCGCAGGAGCCGCGGAGGAGAUGGCAGCCAACCUGAGCGCGGCGGCGGCGGCGGCCCCGGAGGCGGCCGCGAGGGGACACAACCUGCCGGCGCUGGUGUUCGGCGUGUUGCUGAUCGUGGUGAUCAUCUGUGGGAACCUGCUGGUGUGUCUGAGCGUUUUUACGGAGAAGGCGCUGAAGACCACCACCAACUACUUCAUCGUCAGCCUGGCGGUGGCGGAUCUGAUGCUCGCGGUGCUGGUGCUGCCGCUCUUCGUCUAUUCCGAGUUCCAGGACGGCGUGUGGACCCUCAGCACCACCAUCUGUGACAGCCUGAUGACCAUGGACGUGAUGCUGUGCACCGCCUCCAUCUUCAACCUCUGCGCCAUCAGCAUCGACAGGUUCAUCGCCGUGUUAAUCCCUCUCAACUACAACAGGAAGCACGUGGACCUGCGGCAGACGGUGCUGCUGUCUGCCACCUGGAUCCUGGCCCUGGCUGUGGCCUCGCCCAUCAUGUUCGGCAUCAACAAAGUGCCGGGUCGAGACCCCAGCGAGUGUAAACUAGAGAACGACGACUACGUCCUGUACUCAUCAGUGUGCUCCUUCUUCAUCCCCUGUCCCAUCAUGCUGCUGCUGUACUUUGGCAUGUUCCGUGGCCUGAGGCGCUGGGAGGAGGCCCGAAAAGCCAAGCUGAGGAACAGCAUCCAGGCCUGCCGCAAGCUGCAGGAGGCCGCGGCGACGCUGCCGCCGCUGGCCUCGCUGCCGCCUCCGCUGCCGCCCAUCAUAGAGAGGGAUCAGACGGAUACUCUGGAUGAGCCGUCCACCUACCCGGACCGGCCCUUUCAGUCGUCAGAAUACAAAGGCGGCCCCGUGCACACGGUCAGCUUCGCAGAGAUCAAGUUCAACCCCGACCCUCGCAGGAGGAAGAGGGCCAAGAUCAACAGCCGCGAGAGGAAGGCCAUGAAGGUUCUUCCUGUCGUUGUGGGUGCCUUCCUGUUCUGCUGGACUCCCUUCUUUGUCCUCCACACAAUGCGAGCUCGCUGUCAGGACUGCCAGGUCCCUCCAGCUCUGAUGAGCGUGGUGACGUGGCUCGGCUACGUCAACAGUGCUCUCAACCCCGUCAUCUACACCGUCUUCAACACCGAGUUCAGGAACUUCUUCAAAAAGUUCCUGCAUCGCUGCUGCUCCAAGAGCGCCUGAUGAGGACGCUGCUGCUGCUGCUGCUGCUGCUGCUGCUGCAUGGACACUUUGACAAUGCACAGCAGCUGAACGAGACGCUACUGACCGUUGAUUCCGUGUCCGUCGUCUGUAAUGUUGCCACGGUUCCCGUCCUCUGUGAGGUUUCGUUUUUCUACAUGUGCCGACAGCAAAGUUUGUUUGAGCUCCAUGUUUGCUGUGGAGAAGCCUCACUCAGCACAGACCGUUCAGCGGAUCAGUGACACCUCCACGCCACCCAAAAGUCAAGAACUCAUUUUAUAUGUUGAAGUGCAUCUUUUCAGAAUAAAAGUUUUGACUAAAAAAUCUUUUUGUUCAGACUUGUGUGUUCGUGGAGCGAUGCAGACGGAGCAUAAGGUCAGGCUGAGUUUCAGUUUGUGGUUUAAACAACCAAUCAGGUGUUUGGAAGGUGGUG